AUGGCAGCGACCUACGAUGUCGGCACGAGAGCGUGGCAGCCUGACGCAGCCGAGGGCUGGGUAGCCUCGGAGCUCAUCAGCAAGACAGUUGAAGGCACAAAGACAAAGCUAGUCUUCCAGCUCGAAAAUGGCGAGACUAGGACCGUUGAUGUCUCAACAGAAAUCUUGCAGAGCGGCGGCUCUGACCCUUCACUGCCGCCGCUCAUGAACCCGACUAUCCUGGAAGCCAGUGAUGACCUCACUAACCUGUCGCAUCUUAACGAGCCGGCCGUGUUACAGGCGAUUCGAUUGCGCUAUUUACAAAAGGAAAUCUAUACCUACAGUGGUAUCGUCUUGAUAGCAACCAACCCGUUUGCUCGAGUCGACUCUCUCUAUGUCCCGGGCAUGGUGCAGGUGUACGCGGGGAAGCAGCGCGCAACCCAAGCACCCCACUUGUUUGCAAUCGCUGAGGAAGCCUUCAUGGACAUGGUCCGUGAUGGCAAAAACCAAACUGUCGUCGUUUCUGGCGAGUCCGGUGCUGGCAAGACCGUCAGCGCCAAGUAUAUUAUGCGUUACUUCGCUACAAGAGAGUCUCCAGACAACCCUGGUGCUCGCAAGCGAGGAACCGAGCAGAUGAGCGAGACGGAGGAACAAAUUCUGGCAACCAACCCCAUCAUGGAAGCGUUUGGUAACGCCAAGACUACCCGAAAUGACAACUCAUCACGAUUCGGUAAAUACAUUGAAAUCAUGUUUGACGACCAGAGAAACAUUAUCGGUGCCAAGAUUCGCACCUAUCUGCUGGAGCGAUCACGUCUUGUAUUCCAGCCCCUCAAGGAGCGAAACUACCACAUCUUCUACCAGCUGGUUGCAGGUGCCUCGGAUGAAGAGCGGGAAGCACUGAGCAUCCUUCCAAUUGAGCAGUUCGAGUAUUUGAACCAGGGAAACUGCCCAACCAUUGAUGGCGUGGACGACAAGGCUGAAUUUGAUGCUACAAAGAAAUCCUUGUCCACCAUUGGCGUGUCCGAAUCCCAGCAGUCUGAUAUCUUCAAGCUGCUGGCUGGUUUGCUUCACCUGGGCAAUGUCAAAAUCACUGCUUCACGAAACGACAGUGUCCUUGCUCCAAAUGAGCCGUCGCUAGAGCUAGCCUGUGGCAUACUUGGCGUUGAUGCCGCUGAGUUUGCUAAGUGGAUCGUAAAGAAGCAGCUCGUAACCCGAGGUGAAAAGAUUACAUCCAACUUGAGCCAAGCACAGGCUAUCGUUGUGCGUGAUUCCGUUGCCAAGUUCAUUUAUUCGAGUUUAUUCGAUUGGUUGGUUGAGAUUAUCAACCUCAGUCUUGCGACAGAAGAAGUCCUUAGCCGCGUCACCUCUUUUAUCGGUGUAUUAGAUAUCUACGGCUUUGAGCAUUUUGCCAAGAACUCAUUCGAGCAAUUCUGUAUCAACUAUGCCAACGAAAAGCUCCAACAAGAGUUCAACCAGCAUGUAUUCAAGCUUGAACAGGAGGAGUAUUUGCGGGAGCAAAUCGAUUGGACUUUCAUCGACUUUUCAGACAACCAGCCUUGUAUUGAUUUGAUUGAAGGCAAGAUGGGUAUUCUCUCUCUCUUGGACGAAGAGUCUCGUCUUCCCAUGGGAUCAGAUGACCAAUUUGUUACCAAACUCCACCACAAUUUCGCAACUGAGAAAAAGCAGCCCUUCUUCAAGAAACCCAGAUUUGGCAAGUCGGCCUUCACUGUGUGCCAUUAUGCCGUUGAUGUUACGUAUGAAUCCGAGGGAUUCAUCGAGAAGAACCGAGAUACCGUGCCGGAUGAGCACAUGGCCGUCUUGCGCGCCUCGAGCAACUCAUUCCUUAAACAAGUCUUGGAUGCUGCAUCGGCUGUUCGAGAAAAGGACGUCGCAUCAGCUUCGUCAAAUGCUGUCAAGCCUGCUGCUGGCAGGAAGAUUGGCGUGGCCGUAAACAGGAAACCAACUCUGGGAGGAAUCUUCCGAUCAUCCUUGAUAGAGUUGAUGAACACCAUAAACAACACAGAUGUGCACUACAUCAGAUGUAUCAAGCCCAACGAAGCCAAAGAAGCUUGGCAAUUUGAAGGACCAAUGGUUCUCAGUCAGCUUCGUGCUUGUGGUGUGCUCGAGACUGUUCGUAUCAGUACAGCUGGAUACCCGACUCGUUGGACCUAUGAGGAAUUUGCUCUGCGAUAUUACAUGCUUGUCCACUCCAGUCAAUUAACCUCUGAAAUUCGGCAAAUGGCUGAUGCUAUUUUGACUAAAGCGUUGGGCACCAGCACUGGAAAGGGCCUCGACAAGUAUCAGCUCGGAUUGACCAAGAUCUUUUUCCGCGCCGGUAUGCUCGCUUUCCUGGAAAAUCUACGUACAAACCGCCUCAACGAAUGUGCUAUCCUCAUCCAGAAGAACCUGAGGGCCAAGUAUUAUCGCCGCCGCUAUCUGGAGGCUCGCGAGUCCAUUGUCCAGACCCAGGCAGCUAUUCGCGCAUACAUAGCAAGAAAGAAGGCUCUGGAGUUGAGGACCAUCCGCGCUGCAACAACCAUUCAGCGAGUUUGGCGUGGAUACAAGCAGCGCAAGGAGUUCCUACGAAUCCGAAAGAACUUGGUUCUGUUCGAGUCAGUCGCCAAGGGCUACCUUCGUAGGAAGAACAUCAUGGAGACAAGAGUUGGUAAUGCUGCGCUUGUCAUCCAAAGAGUAUGGAGACAACGCACGCAACUUCGCACCUGGAGACAAUACCGCAAGAAGGUGAUUUUGAUUCAAAGCCUUUGGCGUGGACGGAGCGCUCGCAAAGAGUACAAGAAGAUGCGAGAAGAGGCCCGCGACCUGAAGCAGAUUUCGUAUAAGUUGGAGAACAAAGUUGUCGAAUUGACCCAAAACCUAGGAUCCGUCAAGGAGAAGAACAAGAAUUUAAUUUCGCAAGUAGAAAGCUACGAGGGCCAGCUCAAAUCCUGGAAGAAUCGCCACAACGCACUCGAGGCCAGAACAAAGGAAUUACAAACGGAGGCCAACCAAGCAGGUAUUGCAGUUGCCCGCCUCCAAGCCAUGGAAGACGAAAUGAAGAAGCUCCAGCAAGCAUUCGACGAGUCGACUAUGAAUAUCAAGCGUAUGCAGGAAGAAGAACGCGAGCUCAGGGAAUCACUUCGCCUAACCAGUUCUGAGCUAGAGACAACCAAAGAAACCAACUUGGAGCGCGAGAGAGAUAACAUGAGCCUUCGACAGGAACUGGAUGCACUUCGGGAUGCUCUGGAGCUGGCCAAGCGCACCGGAACGCUCAAUGGCGAUAUCACUAAUGGUAAACCGAAGCGCCGAAGCGCCGGAGCGGAGCCCCGUGAGCUGGAUCGCCUGAGCGGAACUUACAAUCCUAGACCGGUAUCUAUGGCUGUCACAAGCACUCUUCAUCGCCAAAACCUGUCAGGAUCAACCUUCAUUCCCGGAGUCGAUAACAUUGAAAUGGAGCUCGAAAGCCUCCUUGCCGAUGAAGAUGGCCUCAAUGAAGAGGUUACUAUGGGUCUCAUCCGCAACCUGAAGAUACCAUCACCAAACACGAACCCUCCCCCCUCUGAUAAGGAAGUUCUGUUCCCGUCCUAUCUCAUUAACCUGGUGACGUCCGAAAUGUGGAACAAUGGAUUUGUAAAGGAGUCAGAGCGGUUCCUUGCCAAUGUCAUGCAGUCGAUUCAGCAAGAGGUCAUGCAGCACGAUGGCGAUGAGGCCAUUAACCCUGGCGCAUUCUGGCUAUCAAACGUCCAUGAAAUGCUAUCCUUUGUCUUCCUGGCUGAAGAUUGGUACCAGACACAAAAGACGGAUAACUAUGAGUAUGACCGUCUUCUUGAAAUUGUCAAGCACGAUCUAGAAAGUCUCGAGUUCAACAUUUACCACACCUGGAUGAAGGUUCUGAAGAAGAAGCUGCAAAAGAUGAUUAUUCCCGCCAUCAUAGAAUCACAGUCGCUGCCAGGUUUCAUCACUAAUGAGAGCAACCGGUUCCUGGGCAAACUAUUACAGUCAAAUUCUGCGCCGGCGUAUAGCAUGGACAACCUCCUCAGUUUGCUGAAUAGCGUUUUCCGGGCCAUGAAGGCGUAUUACUUGGAAGAUUCAAUCAUUACUCAAACCAUUACGGAGCUGCUCCAUCUUGUUGGCGUAACGGCCUUUAAUGAUUUGCUCAUGCGCCGCAACUUCCUGUCGUGGAAGCGAGGUCUUCAGAUCAACUACAAUAUCACUCGCAUUGAAGAAUGGUGUAAGAGCCAUGAUAUGCCAGAAGGCACGCUGCAGCUUGAACACUUGAUGCAAGCAACCAAACUACUUCAACUCAAGAAGGCGACACUGAACGAUAUUGAAAUUAUCCAAGACAUUUGCUGGAUGCUCUCACCAAACCAGAUUCAAAAGCUCCUGAACCAAUACCUCGUUGCCGACUACGAGCAGCCCAUCAAUGGAGAGAUUAUGAAGGCAGUUGCCUCUCGAGUGACGGAGAAGAGUGAUGUCUUGCUUCUUCAGGCGGUUGAUAUGGAAGAUAGUGGUCCAUAUGAAAUUGCAGAGCCCCGUGUGAUUACAGCUCUCGAAACAUAUACUCCAUCAUGGCUACAAACCCCUCGUCUGAAGCGGUUAGCAGAGAUAGUCUCAGCACAAGCUAUUGCGCAGCAAGAAAAACUUGAAGCAGGCUCAGUCGACGGCUUCGACAGUCACCAGCAACUGGCUGAGGUCGAGGAGUCUGAGACGGAGCAGUAA